AUGGUAGAAGAGGAAAAUGGACUACGUAGUUAUUUUAGAAGAUUAUAUAUAAACACAUCUGACUAUGUAAAAAAUUACAUGACCGCUUCAGAUCAAGAAAUGCAAAACAAUGCCGAUCCCAUUAUGGAUAUAAUAGCCACGGCACCAAGUGAUUCUUUAUAUUUUAUUGAAAGGAUAAAUCUUAUUUCAGCUAUAAUAAGUUUAAGUACAUCCUUUCCGUAUUUAACCUACUUACUUAUAUAUUGGAAAGAUUGCUCAUGUAAUGAUAUUCUGAGAUGGUGGAUUGUCAUAAAUAGUAUCUUACAAUUAAUACAAGCACCUGUUCGAUUUUUCUUAUAUUUUUUGUUAAGAAAAUAUAAAAGCGAAAAUGAACGAAUGCAUAUACACGCGUUGAGAAGACUUACCAGCUCUAAAGGUUGGAAACUUAGCAAACGAUUUAGUCUCCUAAAUUAUUUGUGGUUUAUAACAGGGACUGUAGUUAUGGUUGUAACGAGAAAACAUACCAAGAAUUUUUACUUAUGGUUUAUAUCUUGGACUAUUAUAUUAUCAUGUAUAUUUCGUGUAUUCUUUACAAUUAUAUGGUUCUGUUUUUUCUUUCCUUAUCAUCAAAAUAUACCCAAAAAAAAAAAAGGAGUACCCAAAACUUUUUUCUCAGAAAUUACAACAUUUAAAUAUUCUUUAACAAGAAAAUUAAAAAAUGAAUCUUGUUCUAUAUGUUUAUCAGACUUUGUAGAAAAAGACGAAAUCAUGGAAUUAAAUUGUUUACAUAAUUUUCAUACGAAAUGUGCUAAAAAAUGGUUAUCUCAAAAAAGACAUUGCCCGUUAUGUCAAAGGGACGUUAUGAAACCCAUGUAA